AUGAGAUCAUGGCGAGAGGGCGACGUAUUAGCCUCUCACUACCACCUUUGCGGAUGACUAUCCGCAAUCGCUAAUCGCGGCGGUAGAUCGAUACGGAUAAAAAUGCGCAAGACGCCGAAGCCGACGGCCGGAAGAGAUUUGUUGCUGCGCGAUGUGUCCCGCCGAAUUAUAUAAUUUAAUCAUUUCGGUUCAUUAUCGCUUCAUCGUGAUUAUACGUUGCGCAACAGGCUCAUUGUACGCGUUUGAAAUUUCACAAAACGCUGUACAGGAUUCUAGAUCUCGUGAUUCUUCAUUCACGGAAUUCAUGUUUCGAUCGCGCGUUUUCGAUAGUCAAGUCGAUUAAACGACAAAUAUAAAAGAUGGCUAUCGCCGCCUCGGAGAACUAUCAGCUCAAGUGGCACAGCUACGGGGCACACCUGCACAGCUCCGUCGCGACCCUGCUCCACUCGGAAUCCUUCGCGGACGUUCUGCUGGCCACAUCCUGUGGGCGACACGUGGCAGCCCAUCGGUUCGUCCUUGCGGCCUGCUCGUCGUACCUCAGUCACAUCUUUCAAACGUGCCACUUCGGCGCGAACUCCAACGCUCCGACAAUUGUGGUGUUGCCUACCGAGAUCGGAUAUCGUACGCUAAAAAUCCUGAUACAGUACAUGUACAGCGGCGAAGCCACCGUUACGAACGACCAACUGGAGGGAGUUCUAAAGGCCGGUGAUAUCCUGCGUGUGCGUGGAUUAUGGAGAUCGAAUACUGGCAGCAGCAAGAAAGAGAACAUACAGUCGAACAAUCAGAAAAUCGAACGCGACAAGCGGGAAACGUCGCAACUGGCCGGGCAAAUACAGAAAAUCAAAUUGGUGCAACCUACCACGGAGAAGAUAAUUGAGAAUGUGCAACAGGCGGCCACGGCUUGUCAAAAUAACGUACAGCCCGCUAAGCCGAUCGAGAGGAAGAGUACCGAGAAGAUCGAAGAGAAAGCCAACGAAUCUGAGAGCAAGAAAGUCUUGGAGGAGAAAAAUAACGAACAGAACAAGAACAAGGAGAAUCUUGAGACAAACGGGAAGAAAAAGAAAGCCGUUAACAGUGACGUUGAAUCGAACAAAUCGAAGAGCGAAGGUGGCGAAAACACCGAACUAAAUCUGGAGCUAUUAGUGAAGGACGAGCCGAUCGAUUGGGAGGAGACGAUCGAUCCGUCGGAAUCGCUUACGAUAGACCAUGAGAUCGAUAUCAAACCGGAGAUCGUACAUAGCGCGGACGAGGAUGGAGAUAUGGAGGAGGAGGAAUAUACACCAUUGACAUGCGACAUGUGCAGUCAAACGUUUAACAGACCGUCGGAUUGGGUGAGACAUAUAGAAUUCACGCAUGCUGACAUGACGGAAAAUCGGAGAAAGAAACGAAAGGAUGACAUAAACGAUGACAGCAAAGACUUCCCGCCUCUCAAGUGCGAUCUAUGCGGCAACAUGUAUUCCACGCCGCAGGAAUGGGUGCGUCACAUACAAACGGAACACACGGAGGAGCAGUUGGCCUUGAUGAACAACUCGGCGCCCCCGAAACCGAAAAGGGUUCACAAUCACCAAAAGUUAUGCAACAUAUGUCAAAAGGAAUUCCCGAGUCACGCCUCGAUGGUCAUCCAUCAGAGAACGCAUACGGGCGAGAAGCCAUUCCUUUGCUCCUACUGUAAAAAGGGCUUCAACGUAAAGAGCAAUCUGCUGAGGCAUUUAAGGACACUGCAUGAUAAAUACGUACAUCCUAGCUUAUAUGGGAGUAACGGCAGCACGAACGCUUAAAGACCCUACACACACACACACAUACACACACACACACACGGACACACACAUACACAUUUGUUUUGCAUGGCGUCUCAGUCGUGGAGUAACUAUACAUAUACACACAGUAUCUUAUGUAUAUUCAAUAUUAUGACUAUGUAGACUGAAUGCGUAAAACGUAUAAAAUGCCAAAUCAGAGCACAUGACGAUGAACAUAACCGACUCAAGAUCUGUGUGAAUCUCCACCGAGAGAAAGCAUAACUGAGCGCAUUUUAAAAAUUCACAAUGCAUAUUGGAGAGAAAUCUAUAUAAACUAUUUUUUCUAAAGGAUAGUUAUCGCAUUCUUUAUACGAUAAUCUUCUUUUUAAUAAUGUGUAAAAUAUAGCUCCUCUCUCGUUAAAUAAUUUUUAAUUGAGUUGAAAUGAAAAAGCAAUAUCAGGGUCUUAAUACCAAAGAGGCUGAUUAAUAUUGCCAAAUGUCUCAUUUGAAUAUUUUAAACUUUCUUUUCUUCCCCGUAGUGCACAUAUAAAAAAAACAUUAUUUUAAAAGAAUUUUAUUUAGGAACGAAGAGGACAAAUGCUGAAUGACUUUACUAUUUAUAGAGAUCUGUCGAGGAAUGCUUGUGUGUAAAAUAAUCCUAUAAUAUAAAUCAAUAUUUAACGAUUAAUUAUUAACUUAAUUAUUUAGAGUAAUUAUAUGAUAAAUCCAAAUUAUGUAAGAUUUAACUGUAUACUACUUCUAGGCUAUUCCAUCCAUGAUAGCCCUCUUAUUCCCUGAGCUCGUAAGCUAAUUAUGUAUUUUUAUAUUAAAGUAGCGUAUACACACAAAUGUAUAAGAAAUAAGAUACUUACAUUAAGUAAAACUUGAAAUUUCGAUCUAGGCUAGGUAUAUAAGAGUAAUAUAUAACAUUCAAAAAUUUAUCAAAUUUUUUGAAAAUAUAUUGAGUUCUUCUUACAUAUUAAAAAAAGAACAAUGCGAUAUUAUCAAAAUACUGUCACAGUCUCUGGAACAUAAAUAAUGUGAAUAUUGAUUAAGAGGAUGACACCAUUUUGCUAUACUAAUCAUCGUGUCACUCUACUAUAAAUUUUAGUGUCAAUUCUGCAUUACGCUAGCACUGUGACGAGCCAAAUAACUUUUAAAUGUAAAAUUAAAAUAAUAUAUUACCUUAAAAGUA